GAUCCCCAAACCAAUUCUGUUUCCGGCUAUAACUUCGUACCAAAGGCGAGCUUCAAUACAAAAUCCCUGAUCCAAAAUUGAGAAGUAUGUCGGAUAUAACAUUAAAACUGCAGCACCUAGACUUCCCAGAAUGCUCAAGGGAGGCGCUGAACUUUCUGGUGCGUCACUUCACAUCUGACUCCCAUCGAGGAAUGCCAGCAAGGGGCAGUGGCGAAAAACUUGCCAUGGACAUCGCACAGCAAUAUAUUGUAGACAUUGCAAAGAAAAGAGGCCACAGAAAUAAGAAGCUGGACUCCAUUCAUGAGCUACUUCUCCUGGAGCUGGUGUGUUCCAGCCUCCGCCAGGCCCCAGAGCACUCAUGCUACAGUGUGUUCGCAGCCAUAUUUGGCGGCCAUGUUGACGCCAGCAAGAUUGUAUUGAUGACCAAGCUGGUCUCCAUGGCAAUCUCAAUCAGCUGUGGACCAGUUCUGGGCUGCGUGGCAUUGUGGAUGCAGGAACAGGGCAGCCAGAGCCAGUAUGUGUGUGAUAUGGCCCAGCGCCUGGUGGAGGACUACUGUCAACUCUACCCCAGCUUGAGCUCCAGCUUCAGAAAUCUGCCUGCCGUCUCCACUCUCUUUACCUGCAACUUUGUGACAGCCCUAACUACUAUAUACCCAUACACAGAUGCCAGUAAAUCUUCACCCCUGGAGCUGUUGGAGUGCAUAGUGGACUGGAUCUCUGCUGACCCGUGUUUGUGUUCAGACUCUGUGAGACUCGUGCGUAUCCAGUCCAGCUUUACGUGCCCCCUGGCAGGCCUCAUUCGCUGGUGUAUCCUCGGCCCUAUAGUCACCAUGGCAACAAAUGAUGGGAAUGGGACAGAAAAGAAAUCAGUAACACAUGACUCUAAAUUGCUGAGCCUAUUCUCUAAAUUACAUUUAGGAGUCCUGCUAAGUUUGCAGGCGUAUCAGAGCAUGGAGUUAAAGGAACAUUUGUUCUCGUUCGGAGAUAUGAACAUCGUUUCAAAGACUCUUGCUGCAUUUUAUCGGGGCGGACAGUGUUCUGAAGACAUGCUUGAUGUUGUCAAUGUUUCAGUAGAUCGUCUGGCUCAAACACUUCAAAUGGCAUUAACUACCAAAGCUUUGUCAGAGAAGUUUGACUUUCAACAAGUUAGUGCUGGUCUUCCACCAAACAGAUUGUUAGAGAUGAUAGUUUCACUGGGCUAUCGGAAACAAACCCAGGCACAGCCCAUGGAUGUAUCGUGACAUCUUGCUGAGAGAAACAACUUCCAUUGUGCUAGCUUGAGUUUGGUCGAUCAUGACAUGAACUUAACAUGGGGAACUUACCUUUAACAGGGCCUUGUAUCACGAACAUACAUAACAUGCUUAUAUGUCCAUCUUAAGAGGAGAUACACAAAAAAUAUGUACCAAAGUAUUAUUACCAAUGCCCAUCGAUGUUUAAAUUUUUGGAAAUGUUGGGCAUUGAAAACAAAACCAAAUUAAUUAAAAUUUCUCUUUUUAUUAAAUACGCAUUAAAUAAACGAAACUCCUUGUAAAAUGUAAGUUCAUCCUCGUAAAACAAGGACACAUACUUAAACAUUUUGAAUAACACAUUAUGUAUGUAUACAACAAUCAAAUGUUUUAUAAUAAAGACCAGGUAUACCGUAGAUACAGGUAUACCGUAGUUACUGAAAAUAUAUGAUUACCGUGACAUGAAUGCUCUUAAUUAUGCUUUGUUUGUUUUGUUAUAUUGACGAUGUACUUUGUGCAAGUCAUAAUAAAACACAUGUUCUGUUCUGUUCAUAA